AGCAGAACCAUGCAACAAGAAAACCAAACUACAAUCUCUGAAUUCUUCCUCCUGGGACUCACAAUGGGGUCUGAACAGCAGCAGCUUAUCUUCACACUGUUUCUCUGCAUGUAUCUAGUCACCAUGGUAGGAAACGCACUUAUCAUUCUGGCUAUUAUCAGUAAUACUCACCUCCACAGCCCCAUGUACUUCUUCCUUGCCAAUCUAUCCUUCACCGACAUCUUCUUUACAACCACGACGGUCCCCAAAAUGUUGGCAGACAUCCAAAGCCAGAAUCCAACCAUCUCCUUUGCAGGAUGCCUUACACAGAUGUAUUUUUUUAUGCUUCUGGUGGACCUGGACAAUUUCCUCUUGGCUGCCAUGGCAUACGACAGGUAUAUUGCCAUCUGUCAUCCAUUACGUUAUACUGCAUUGUUGAAUCCCAAAUGUUGUGCCCUGUUGGUUGUGAUUCCAUGGAUUAUCUCCAACCUUGUCUCAGUACUACAUCUCAGUCUGCUGGUCCCCUUGUCUUUCUGCGACCACAGAGCAGUACCACAUUUCUUUUGUGACCUGGAACCGAUUUUAAAGCUUGCUUGUUCAGACACUGAAAUCAACGACUUGCUGAUCCUUGUCGUUGGGGGAGCCGUUAUCUUCAUCCCGUUCACUUUUAUUUUUGUCUCCUAUGCUCUUAUUGUCAGUACUGUGCUUAAGAUUCCAUCAGCCAAGGGAAAAUGGCAAACAUUCUCUACGUGUGGCUCCCAUCUCUCUGCAGUUUCCCUCUUCUAUGGAUCCAUCGUUGGAGUCUACUUUCUCCCCUCUUCCAGCUAUUCAGCAGAGAAGGAUAAGGUGGCUGCUAUCAUGUAUACAGUUGUAACCCCUAUGAUGAACCCCUUCAUCUAUAGUCUAAGGAACAAAGACAUAAAAAGAGCUCUGAAGAAACUACUCAGCAGAGAAAGCUUUGUGUGGAUUUGGUGA